AUGGUGCACUCCAAAGUUGUUAUUAUCGGCUCCGGCCCCGGCGCCCACACUGCCGCCAUCUACCUCUCGCGUGCUGAACUCCAGCCCGUCUUGUACGAGGGCAUGCUCGCCAAUGGCACUGCUGCCGGUGGCCAGCUUACUACUACUACCGAUGUCGAGAACUUCCCCGGUUUCCCCGGCGGCGUGGGUGGCGCCGAGCUGAUGGAGAACAUGCGCAAACAGUCUGAGCGUUUCGGCACCGAGAUCAUCACCGAGACCAUCUCGAAGCUGGACCUGUCUCAGCGGCCCUUCAAGAUGUGGACUGAGUGGAACGACGCCGAGGGUAGCGCGCCUGCUCGCACCGCCGAUGCCGUUAUCAUCGCCACCGGUGCCAACGCCCGCCGCCUGGACCUGCCCGGCGAGGAAAAGUACUGGCAAAAUGGAAUCAGCGCCUGCGCUGUCUGUGAUGGUGCUGUGCCCAUUUUCCGCAACAAGCCUCUGUACGUGAUUGGUGGUGGUGACUCUGCCGCCGAAGAGGCCAUGUUCCUGGCCAAGUACGGUAGCAAUGUCACCGUUCUUGUUCGCCGUGAUGUUCUGCGUGCUUCCAAGGUUAUGGCCGAUCGCCUGCUUGCUCACCCCAAGUGCAAUGUUCGCUUCAACACCGUCGCCACUGAGGUCAUUGGCGAGAACAAGCCUAAUGGCCUGAUGACCCACCUCCGUGUCAAGAACACUAUCAGCGGCGAGGAGGAGAUUGUUGAUGCCAACGGUCUGUUCUACGCUGUUGGCCACGAUCCUGCCAAUGCUCUUGUUAAGGGACAGGUCAACCUUGAUGAGGAUGGCUAUAUCAUCACGAAGCCUGGCACCAGCUACACUAGCGUUGAGGGUGUCUUCGCCUGCGGUGAUGUUCAGGACAAGCGCUAUCGCCAGGCUAUUACCAGCGCCGGCUCUGGCUGCAUGGCUGCCCUGGAUGCUGAGAAGUUCAUUGCUGAGGGACCCGCCGAGACCAACGGCGAGGCAAAGUCCAAUGCUCAGCUGUAA